UGUCUCGUGAUGUCUACUUAAAAAAAUACAAUAAGAUUACUUCCUUUUUAGGCUUUAUGAAUGAAAGUGUGACAAUUCACCUAGUUGUCCCAAUCAGAUAUGAACAUAUUCUCACAUUAUAAUAGCUAAAGAAUUUUGUAAGUAAGAUUUCUCUCCAUUCUUGAGAACCAGUUUGCGUGGUUCCAUGGGUAAGGUGAUGUCUCGGUUGGCAAAGAGGUUCUUACCAAAAUAUGAAUGGAGGAUCCCAAUGGUGGGUCUUGAUUCUUCAGGGAAGACUACCAUUCUCUACAAGCUCAAACUGGGGGACACAGUCAGAACCAUACCAACUAUUGGUUUUAAUGUGGAGAGUGUAGAGUACAAAAAUGCAAGCUUUACUAUCUGGGAUGUUGGAGGACAACAGAAGAUUCGGCCAUUGUGGAGGCAUUACUUUCAAAACACCAUUGGACUUAUCUUUGUGGUGGAUAGCAGUGACCGGCACAGAAUCAUAGAAGCUCGUAAUGAACUCCAUAAUAUUCUAACUGAUCAUGAACUACGCAAUGCUAUACUACUUGUGUUCGCCAAUAAGCAGGACCUCUCAACUGCCAUGAGUGUUGCUGAGAUUGCUGAUAAGCUUGGCUUACAUUCGCUUGAAGAUCGUAGUUGGUACAUUCAGAGCACUUCUGCCAUCUCAGGCCAAGGACUCUAUCAAGGUCUUGAUUGGCUAAUUGACAACAUAUCAACCAGGAAGCAUGAGAAAUGAUUAACUUCCACACAUGGAUCAUGGAGGUUUUCCCAGCUUAAAGUUAUAUACGUUUUAUUAUAGUGGAAAUGGAAAAGUUUCCUAGACAUUGUUGUAAAUCUGUUGCAACACUGAGGGUAGUUACAAAGAAUGAGUCUGAUGAUCAAGAUGACAGAAUUUCAGUUAAUUGUUAGUCAUGAUUUUAAAGUUCA